UGGGAAACGAAGUUGCUAACAAAUCAGUUGCAAAAGUGGAGAAAGACACGAGAACUACAGCGACACUUUUCUUCAAGUAUACGCCCAAAGACAUCGGUUUGUAAUGUCGACAGGGAGGAUGCCGAAAGGUCCUGCUUCUGCACACGAGGGCUUCAGUUCGACCCCCGUCAAGACCAGCCGGGGGAAAAUCUUGCACACUUCCAGACACUUGGACGAGGAAGUCGUAUCCGACGACGAAGACACAUUUUCCCUGCUUUCUCCCAUCUAUCAUGACAGCUUUGACAGCGAUGAAGAGGACCUGGAGCCAAGCCCAGCUCAGCAGACUUCUCCCAGGCCGAGCGAAAACUCCGGACGUAGCGUUUCACCAGUCAGAUGUGAGCUACCUAAAACACAGCAGAUGUUCAGCGUUGCCCUGCAGCCAGCAGCCUCACCUAGUCUGAGUGCAUGGGAAAUGUGGCUGGUGAACAAAGCCAAAGAGGACCGGCUCAAAUUGGAAAAGAAAGCAGAAGAGGAGCGCCUACUCAAAGAAAAGACAAAACAGCAAGAAAGGGAACAGGAACGGAAAAAGAUUGUCAUGGAAGAGAAGAUUCACGAAUGGCUUAAGUUGAAAAAAGAACAGGAGAAGCAUGAGCAGCUUGUAAAACAGAGCAAAGAGGAGGAGGAGAUACAGAGACGGUUGGAAAAACAGAGGCAGAUUGAACAGAAAGCUCAGCAGAAGUACAAAGACUGGCUGCAGAAGAAGAACCAAGAAAAAAUAGAAAAAGAAAAGAAGGAGAAAGAGGAAGCAGCCCUGAAGGAAGAGCAGGAGAAGGAGCGCCGCAAGAGGGCAGAGGAGAGGUUUAAGGAAUGGCUGGCAAAAACCAAUGAAAAAAGCAGAGGAAGUCCAAAAUCACAUAGCUACCCAACAAGUCCCUAUGACAAAUCCUACCCAUCACCCAGCUUCUACAAUCCGAUCCCAUGGAAACCGAUUCACGUCCCUCCUCCAGAAACAUCACUGAGUAAGACGUCUGGCAAGAAACCUCAGAAACAGAGAAAAAGCCAACAAAGCCCCAGCACUGCUUUUAGACUCAGAAACACUGUGAGAACAGCACAAUUGCUGCAGAGGAGAUGACAAAGCAGACUGACGUCUGUGACUUCAUCUCGACUCAUUCAAACCACCACAAGUCUUGAACAGACGCUCUGAUGUGUCACAGAAGUAUUUCUGUUCUCUUAUAUGGCUGCAGUAAUGCAGUACAUGUACUAAUUUUCAUUAUUGUAUUUGAUUUAUAUACUGGAGGAACUUGUAAUGAUGUACUAACUCCAAUUUAAUGUCUAAAUGUUCAGGUUUUAGAAUGUUCACACAGAUACAGAUGUUCAUAGUUUAUAACUUGUUAUUACUUAGGUUGUGAUGGCUACAUGCACAUUUAAAAGC